GCUUAUUGUAUAAUCAUAGACUAAAAUUCACUCUUGCCGGUUCGCGCGCGUUUCUUGUUGUCAAAGUUGUUUAUCGAUGUUAAGGUGUUAAUUUUGUCAUUUGUUAUUCAAUAAUAUGGUUAAACCAACAUGUGAAAAGUAAUUGUAAUAGCAAUUUGACAUUAUACGUUCCUUUUUAUUAUUUUACAUGAUAACCUACGAGAUUUUUGUUGAAUCUGUCAAAAAGUACGCGAAUAUUUAAGUCACUAGAUUUUUGCAUAAUGUCUGCAGAAUGUAUGAGAAUGAAUACAUAACUUUAACUCCGAAGCGAUGCGCACUUACAGAAGUUACGAACGCCAGUUAUGUGUCUCCUACUGCUAACCUCAAAUUGUUAACCAACGUUGCACUACAGUACCCCACGCCGCCACCGAGCGCAGUACAACGAAAAGAAAAAUCCUUGCAAAUAUUAUGCGACAAAUUUCUUAACCUAUUUCCUCUUCAAUGUAAUGGAACAAUGAAAAUUCAAUUAGACAGCACUGCGGCCAGGUUAGGAGUUGAGAAACGCAGAAUGUAUGACAUAAUAAAUAUUUUAGAAGCAAUGAAGUAUGCAGUUCAUGAGAAGAAAAAUACAUAUUUAUGGCAUGGGGAGUCUGGCCUCAGUUCCUUUUUAAAGAUUCUUAAGAAACAAGGGGAAAAUUUACGCUUAUCUGAGGCUUUGAGAGGUAGAGCUCCCAAGCCUCCUCCACCAAAACACAAAACACUGGGAAUACUGGCCAAAAGAUUCUUAAUGUUAUUUUUAGUAGAACCCCCAAAUACUCUAAUAAAUUUAGAGAUGGCUGUGAAGGUACUAAUAGAUAAUUCAAAUAAAAAUAAAUCUGAUCUCUCGCCCGAGCAGCUGGACCGCCAACACAAGUCUAAAGUGCGAAGGCUCUAUGAUAUUGCUAAUGUAUUUAUAUCAAUUGGUCUUAUUGAAAAAGUUUCCGGUAAUUUAAUAUUAAAGAAGCCAGUAUUCAAAUAUGUUGGGAGGUAUAAGGUUAAUAGACUUGAUGAUGCAAUCAAAACACCAUCACCAAUAACACCCCUCACAGCUUUAGAUACAUAUCAGAAAUUAACUCCUUGCCAUGUGUAUGCGGGAAGAUCGAAACGAAAGUUAGAAUUCACCACUCCGAGUAGUGAAAGUAAACUAGGUGUAACCACACCUCCACAUACACCAUCACACAAGUGGGAUGAGAUCUUACUUGUUGCAGAUAUGGAGUUGAGUAGAAUUAAUAAAGGAGUUUAGUUGUGAUUUUACGCUUUAUACUAAUACAUAUCUUAUGUUAAUUCUAUUUAAAAAUGGCCAUAAUAAAGUAUGGUAAAUGAAAUGAUAUAUAAAAAGAUACAAAAUUGAUUUAUGCUGAUAAAGUAUCAUAGUGCUUUUGAUCCAACAUACAUAAGGAUUCCUGUUGACUGAAGAUAUUGAUUACCGUAAGGUAUACUAUGUUCUUGUCAUAUAUUUUUUAAUUUAGUUCCUUACAAAUGGUGUUCUGCAAUAUAGAAACAUGUGCCUUUAUAAUCUAAGUUAAAAUGCUGUGCCUUAUUUUGCCAGCAGAUAUUAAGAAUAUUCACUGAAUGUUGACAGUGAACUUGACUGAAAAUUAAUUUUAGGCAGAUUCAGGGU